AUGCCUCCACAGUCCAGCCCCGGUCUUCCCUCCGCCUCUCUCUCCCCUUCAGGUGCUGCCGCUGCUAUCUCACCCUCCUUCGCCUAUGCGACUGCUUCAUCCCACCUUCUCGCAAUGCCUCCACAGUCCAGCCCCGGUCUUCCCUCCGCCUCUCUCUCCCCUUCAGCUGCCGCCGCUGCUAUCUCACCCUCCUCCGCCUAUGCGCCUGCUCCAUCCCACCUUCUCGCAACGCCUCAACAGUCCAGCCCCGGUCUUCCCUCCGCCUCUCUCUCCCUUUCAGCUGCCGCCGCUGCUAUCUCACCUUCCAGCCUCGGUCUUCCCUCCGCCUCUCUCUCCCCUUCAGCUGCUGCCACUGCUAUCUCACCCUCCCCCGCCUAUGCGCCUGCUUCAUCCCACCUUCUCGCAACGCCUCAACAGUCCAGCUCCGGUCUUCCCUCCGCCUCUCUCUCCCCUUCAGCUGCUGCCGCUGCUAUCUCACCCUCCUCCGCCUAUGCGCCUACUUCAUCCCACCUUCUCGCAAUGCCUCAACAGUCCAGCCCCGGUUUUCCCUCCGCCUCUUUCUCCCCUUCAGCUGCUGCCGCUGCUAUCUCACCCUCCUCCGCCUAUUCGACUGCUUCAUCCCACCUUCUCGCAACGCCUCCACAGUCCAGCCCCGGUCUUCCCUCCGCCUCUCUCUCCCCUUCAGCUGCCGCCGCUGCUAUCUCACCCUCCUCCGCCUAUGCGCCUGCUUCAUCCCACCUUCUUGCAACGCUUCAACAGUCCAGCCCCGGUCUUCCCUCCGCCUCUCUCUCCCCUUCAGCUGCUACCGCUGCUAUCUCACCCUCCUCCGCCUAUGCGCCUGCUUCAUCCCACCUUUUCGCAACGCCUCAACAGUCCAGCCCCGGUCUUCCCUCCGCCUCUCUCUCCCCUUCAGCUGCCGCCGCUGUUAUCUCACCCUCCCCCGCCUAUGCGCUUGCUUCAUCCCACCUUCUCCUCCGGUCUUCCCUCCGCCUCUCUCUCCCCUUCAGCUGCUGCCGCUCCUAUCUCACCCUCCUCCGCCUAUGCGCCUGCUUCAUCCCACCUUCUCGCAAUGCCUCAACAGUCCAGCCCCGGUCUUCCCUCCGCCUCUCUCUCCCCUUCAGCUGCUGCCGCUGCUAUCUCACCCUCCUCCGCCUAUGCGCCUGCUUCAUCCCACCUUCUCGCAACGCCUCAACAGUCCAGCCCCGGUCUUCCCUCCGCCUCUCUCUCUCUCCUUCAGCUGCCGCCGCUGUUAUCUCACCCUCCUCCGCCUAUGCGCUUGCUUCAUCCCACCUUCUCGUAACGCCUCAACAGUCCAGCCCCGGUCUUCCCUCCGCCUCUCUCUCCCCUUCAGCUGCUGCCGUUGCUAUCUCACCCUCCUCCGCCUAUGCGCCUGCUUCAUCCCACUGUCUCGCAACGCCUCAACAGUCCAGCCCCGGUCUUCCCUCCGCCUCUCUCUCCCCUUCAGCUGCUGCAGCUGCUAUCUCACCCUCCUCCGCCUAUGCGCCUGCUUCAUCCCACCUUCUCGCAACGCCUCAACAGUCCAGCCCCGGACUUCCUUCCGCCUCUCUCUCCCUUUCAGUUGCUGCCGCUGCUAUCUCACCCUCCUCCGCCUAUGCGCCUGCUUCAUCCCACCUUUUCGCAACGCCUCAACAGUACAGCCCCAAUCUUUCCUCCACCUCUCUCUCCCCUUCAGCUGCUGCCGCUGCUGGUGUGCAAGUUUCAGCACACUUCUGCACCUCGCCUUCACAAUAUGGUCUCCCCUUCACUGUCACUUCCCUCCCAGCUACCCUCGCCGCUCUCUCACCCUCCUCCGCCUAUGGCCAUGCUCCCUUCUCUCAUCUCGCCCCACUUACACAGACCACCGGUCUUCCCUCCGCCAUCGCCUCACAAGCUACCCUUUCCACUCUCUCACCCUUCUUUGCUGGUGUGCAAGCUUCAGCACACGCCCGCACCUCACCUUUACAAUCUGGCCUCCCUUUCACCGUCACUUCCCUUCCUGCUACCUUCGGAGCUAUCUCACCCUGCUCCACCUAUGGGCUCAAUACCUCCCACCCUCUCACCUCACAUUUACAGUCAUGCCCUGUUACUAGCUCCGCCUGCGCCGCUGCAGCCGCUACACAGACUCCGUCUUUCAUCCAUUCUCAUCCUUCGUCCAGCCAGCUUGCUGCUGCCGCUUUCUUAUCCCCUGGACUAGCAUCAGCCUCGGUCUUCACUCUUCGUGCUUCUGCUGCUCGCUCCCCCGCUUUGCCCGUGACGCUGCGAGCUCUGCCUUCAGUUUCCCUCGCACCCACUUCCUCAACGCCCCUUUCAGCCUCACAUCUGUCACAGGCAGUACGGCCGUGGAAUCUUCGACCACGUAAGCAGAAGUCCACUCCCACCGACCCGCCUCCAACACAGGUCGAUGCCAAAAAUCUUGAUGAGGAGUCGGAUGAUGAUGACUCGCUUUUUGAUGAUGGUCCCAAGAGGGAAUCCGAGGGCGCUGCUGUACCACACCAUGGUGCAUCGAAGGGCAUUCGCGCCAACUGGAAGCAUCGCAGGUAG